CGCAAAACGCGCUAACCUCAGCAGUCAGCAGCACCAAAGCGCGUCGUGUCAAUCCAAGUUGGGCACCACUCGCAGGCAAUGGACUCCACCACGAGCACCCAGGUCGCCGGCGCCGCCGGCAGCCGCAGCCGCUCAAUCGCGUCCAGGGGUUCUACCACCCCGCCUCCGCUGACCAUGCCGGGCCGCGAACCCUCUGACGCGCUCGUCGGUGGCGGCGCCGGAGGAGCGGACGGGGACCCCAGCCUCGCCCUCCUCCGCCUGGCUGCGCUCGGGGACCGCAUGGCCGCCGUCCGGGGCCGUAUCGCCGCCUCCAUCUCGGGGGAGGCCCGGCCCCUCUCCUACGCCGACAUCCAAUCCGUCUCCUCCGAGAUCUCCUACACCGCCCAACUCGUCGUCCUCAACGCCGCCUCGCUCCUCGCUUCCUCCGUCCCCUUCCCCGCCCCAACCCCACCUCCUACCGCCGCAGCUCCCUCUCCCGCUCCCAUCCGAGAGAUCCCUGCUGCUGCCGCCGCCUCCGCCCAAGAGCAGCCCCUAGAAGCUGCUAAGGGCGACGGCGGCUACGAUGUCGUGGAGCUCGACGCCGCCGAGCUGCUCGCGGAGCACGUCCACUUCUGCGAGAUCUGCGGCAAGGGCUUCCGCCGCGACGCCAACCUCCGGAUGCACAUGCGUGCGCACGGCGACCGUUUCAAGACCCUCGACGCCCUCUCCCGCCCUGGCCACGGCAAGCCGAAGCCUCCCGCCGGCGACCGAGAGGUGCGCUUCUCCUGCCCCUUCGCGGGCUGCAACAGGAACCGCGCGCACCGCCGCUUCCGGCCGCUCAAGUCGGCGGUGUGCGCGCGGAACCACUUCAGGCGCAGCCACUGCCCCAAGCUCUACGCCUGCGAGCGCUGCGACGGGAAGAAGCGCUUCGCCGUCCUCGCUGACCUCCGCAGCCACCUGCGCCACUGCGGCGAGGAGGCACAGUGGCGUUGCUCUUGCGGCACCACCUUCUCACGCAAGGACAAGCUGUUCGGACAUCUCGCCCUCUUCGAAGGCCACACUCCAGCUGUUACCGAGCCAAACAAGGAUGUUGCAGCAGGACCUACAGAGCCAGUUCUUGAUGCAAUGGAGGAAGGAGGAAUAGAAGAAGGCAAUUGUGAUCGUGAGGAGGAUGAGGAGGGCGGCUAUGAUCCAGAGUUCUUCACGGAGUGGAUGGAGGAGCUCAGAGAUGGUGCCAGUGGCUCGAAUUGGGCUGGACCGGCAGCAGCCGGACAUUAGCAAUGUUGGGUAUUUAUGAUUGCUUGACGAGGGACAUCAGCUUACAUCAAGUGACCAGGAGGAUCAAGUGAAGAAGGGCGGUUGUGAAAUGUUUCAGGAGUGUUAAUCAGGCUCUCUCUUUACCAGUGUAUGUGUGCGUUCUGACCAGUAACCUGUAUGAUAUGGUGCGUCUGUCUUUCUGCUGCCUCCCUUGCCAUUAUUCUCGGUCGCUUUCGUGUAAUCCUGUGAGCUGUUGCUGGUUAAAUGGAGUACAGCGGAGCAAAUGGUUAUGCUAUGCAAGCGGUCUCCUCUGUGUUAUGCUUAA